AUGCGGGCAUCUCUUCCGUUUUGGGCAAUCUCCGCAUCACGCAGAGCCCUAGGGACCAGGACGAUCGUAUCGACUUUCGGGCAUGUGCGACCAGAAUCUCCAUCUCCAGCGGGGAAAUAUUACUUUUGCGAGAUAUUUAAACAUAACCCUCGCUUCGGCAUUGUCCUCUCUGUAUUCCGAAAUAAUUCUCAAACUCCUCUGUCCUCCAACCUCCCAGCACACCUACCGGGUUCCCUAUACCACGAGAUGGACCAAUUUGCACUCAAAGGCAAAACCGCCGUGAUUACCGGCGGAGCACGCGGCCUCGGAUUCGCCUUUGCCGAAGCCCUCGCCGAAGCCGGUGCCAGCAUCGCCAUUCUCGACAUUGGCACCCCAAAGCCGGGCUCAUUGGAGGAACUUGCCGAGCGCUGCGGUGUCCAAAUCAAGUCAUUCGUGGUGGAUGUUUCCUCUCGGGAGCAAGUAAACGAGGUUAUCGAGACUAUCGAACGCGAGUUCGGGAGCGUUGAUGUCAACGUGAAUGCCGCCGGGGUCGUAACCGACGAGUCCUUCCUCACCACCUCCGACCAAAACCUCAGCCGCACAUUCAACUUUAUCGGCUCUUUCCUCGUCGCCCAAGCCUGCGCAAACGCCAUGGUCCGCAACGACGUGGCUCCGAUCGGAUCCAUCAUCUUCAUUUCCUCCGUCUCCGUGCACGUCAGUACCGUUGUGCAGCAAACGAGCUGCUACAUCGCAUCGAAAUCCGCGGUACGUGGCCUCGUCAAGCCCCUGGCUCUCGAGCUAGCGCAGUACGGAAUUAGAGUCAAUACGCUCUCGCCCGGGUCCACCCGCACGGACAUGUUCAAGCAGGUGGAGGAGGCUUUCCCGGACCUGGUGAAGCAGUUUAACCAGGAGUCGAUGUUUGGGAGAGUGGCGGAGCCGAGGGAGUUGAAGCCGGCGAUUCUGUUCCUGGCGACGAGUAGUUGGACGACGGGGCAGGAUUUGGUGGUUGAUGGGGGGAUGAGUUCGUUUAAGCAUCGGGCGAAUUAUUAG